AUGAAUACAGCAGGGAAUCUGGAGCAUGAAGAUUUAAAAAUGGACGUGGAUACAACAAUGAAUUCAGAAUCGAAGCCUUCCCUUGUUUCUGAAUUACUGGAGUUUACACUUCAGUAUCCUUAUAACUAUGAAGGUCAUGUCAAACUCGUAGAAGAACUGAAACGUCACGGACUAAAAGAGGAUCUUCAUGCCGCGAGAGAACGAUUUCAGAGUCUUUUUCCUCUCUCAGAAGAUAUAUGGAUUGAGUACUUGGAAGACGAAAAGGCAGUGUGCAAUACUCUUAAAGACUAUGAACGAAUUGUCGGUUUAUUUGAAAAGGCAGUGACAGACUAUCUGUCGAUUCGUCUUUGGCAACUAUAUUUGGAGUUUUUAUUGACGCUGGUCGAUCCAAGCACAUUUUCUUCUGAGAAUGCCGAGCUGCAAGACGUGGUUUCUCUACAGGAUGUCUACAGCUUAUUCGAAAGAGCAUAUGAAAUAUGCAAAUACCAUUUUAGUCAGAGUCAGAUAAUAUGGGAACAAUUUUUGGAAUUUCUUGAAGAAACCGGUGAAAACCUAUUCGAAUCCGAUCAAGAUAAAACCGUCAGAGAUAGGAUGCAUGAAUUUUAUCUUGAAAGACUAGAAACUCCUCACAGCCAAGUUGGGGAUACGUUUUCAUCAUUUUCAUCUUUUGUUACCAAUAACUGGUCACAAGAAGAAUACGAAGUCAUAAUGUCGAACACGAAUAAGGUAUAUGAGAUGAACUUAUCAAAGUAUAAGAAGAUAUAUGAUAAUGAAUUGCAAUUGAGUGCUUCAAAUCAUUCCCUGGAAUGCUACAUGGACAUCCUUAACUCUGAAUCCAGACGAAGCACCGCUAUUUUUCAAUAUGUUGCGACCCUGUAUGAGAGAGCUAUAUGCUUUUAUCCUCUCGUAGGUGAUCUAUGGCUUGAAUAUUUGGCUUGGGUAAGCAAGUCUGAUUUUCCUCCUCAGGCUUAUGCUAUAGCAGAACGUUCUGUUCGGAAUUGCCCUUUUGUAGGGAAAUUAUGGGCUAUGAAGCUUUUAUAUAUGAUAGUUGUUGGUUUGUCUAACAAUUCUAUUCACGAAGAGAAAGAAAGAUGUUUAAAGAUGAACUUACUUUCUGGAUUUGAUGAGUAUUGUGCUUUUUUCUCAGAAUAUCUUAAACUUUGCAUAUAUAUUUCCUCUAAUGAACUAGAUCCCGCCCAUUAUAUUAGAAAUGAGAUCCAAAUUAUUGAGGAUUUCAUGCACCAUCAUUUCCCCGGGCUUCGAGAUUAUAAUUUGCGCAUCGAAAGUGCUAAAAUCAAUUUGCUUAUUUCCUUAAAUGAUUAUGACAGUGUUGAGAAUUGUUGGAUUAAACUUCAGAAAGAUUUCCAAAAGAGCGCGAAGUUUUGGAUCCUUAGAUACACAGCUACAUUGCGAUAUAAUCCAGAAUUAGCUAUUGAUUCUUUGAGGAAAGGUCUGUAUAAGGAUCUCGACAAUCCCAUGCUAUUAUUUGAAUUUUACGAAUCAGUUGUGACGCUUAAUCAUGAUUGUUUUACCUCUAUCUCUCAGUUUUAUGAUUUUACGCAAGCGAAAAGUUUGUUUGUGAAGAGGAGUCUUACUUCUCAAGCACAAAACCAACAACCGAUUCCCUCAGUGGAAGAAGUUCAAGAACAGACAGUUGCAUCGCCUGAUCGCGCCAAAAAGAGGAAACCUGAAGAUGACGAAAGUUUGUUGAAAAGGUCGAGAUUACCUGAGAAACAUCGCAAUAGAGAAGAGUUUACUGUACUAGUUAGUAAUCUUCCACAUGACAUUACCGAAAAGGACUUACAACAGUUCUUUAAAGAGUGCGGCAAGGUUUUGCAAAUACUUAUUUACGAUGACAACCAUGGAAAAAAGCUAGCGCAAAUUGAAUUUUCCGAAACAAGUGAGGUUCUGGCUGCUAAGACUAAAGAUAUCAAACAAAUAAAAGGGCACGAAAUUUCCGUACAGAUUCAUGUUGAUACCACCCUAUAUGUUACUAAUUUUCCGCCUACAUUUGAUGAAAAUAAAAUUACGGAUCUCUUCUCAACGUACGGGCGGGUUGUACAAGUUCGGUUUCCAAGUCUAAAAUAUGACACAAACCGACGUUUUUGCUAUGUUCAAAUGAGCACUCCAGAAGAAGCGUACCAUGCAUUACAAUUGCACUCCAAAGUAUUAGAAACCCGUUACGAGUUGAAAGUAUUUAUAUCAGAUCCUAACAAAAGUGGAGCUAGAAGUGGGGCUGUAUACGAAAAAAGAGAGCUUUAUUUAACCAACGUUGACUUUGAUGUUAAUGACAGUCAAGUCCGCGAGUUUUUUAUAAAGUAUGGCACCGUUGAAAGUGUUCGACUGCCUUCAAAAGCUUCUACUAAAGGUCACAUGGGGUUCGGCUACGUGAUUAUGUCUUCUAGUUCAGAAGCCGAAAAUGCUUUAAGUGCUGCUGGAAAGGUUUUAGGAAAGAGAGUUUUGAACGUUGUUAUAUCCCAGCCCAAGAAAGCUAUUAGCAAAGAAAAAGUAACAAAAGAUAGGGGACCAACGUUUACUAAGAUGCUUAAUAGGGAUUCUACCGAUAGUAAAACUCCACCAACCUCACUUAAUCAGGUUCAUAGUAAAAGCCUAGGAAUUAUUAAUGUUGAUCAAACGAUCAACGAACCAAGAUUAAGAUCUGUGUUUGAGCCAUAUGGAGAGAUUUUUAGAGUCGUACUGCAUCCCGAACAUGAAGGUGCAAUUGUUGAAUACGUUGACAUACAUAAUGCUGGUAAAGCAGCCCUUGCCGUGGAGGGUAUGAAACUGAGCGGUCGAGAAUUACAUGUAACAACCGUGAACGAAAUGAUGCACAACAAACCCAACUAUAAUCAAGCAUUCGUCCCCAAACCACGCCCACGCAAGGCUGGGGCAAGAUUAGGCUUUCAGAAAACUCAGAAUUCGAGCAACCAAACUGAUAUUCAACAACAGUCUAAGAAUGAGGAGAAUGAUACAAUGCAGAUUGAUCCGCCUAAGACCAAUGAUGAUUUUCGAAAAUUUCUAUUUAAAGACACACAAAGCUAA